CCUGGCGGAAAAAGGGACGGUAACCAUUCCGGAUAUUGAGGCAGACAUCUUCAAGGAAUUCUUAAGAGCUACACGAUGUCCAUUAAAAGACAAGAAUCUGGGUAUGUGGACAACUGGCAGGGAAGGGAGACUCUUACAGAGUGUAAUCUGCGCAUGCUCGAAACCGAAGACUUCAGUGACGUCACCUUCAGGGUGGGGUCACAGCAACAGGUGGUCCGAGCUCACCGUUACGUUCUUGUCAGUCGCAGCUGUGUGUUCCAUGCCAUGUUCUGCGGCCCCUUGGCAGAAAAAGGGGAGGUGACCAUCCCGGAUAUUGAGGCAGACAUCUUCAAGGAAUUCUUAAGGUAUAUGUACACAGACGAGGCCCGAAUCAAUGCUGAAACAGUCACGGGCCUUAUGUACACAUCCAGGAAAUACUCUCUUGAUACAUUGUACGAUCUCUGUGUAACUUUCCUGGAGGAGUCCCUGUCAGAAGACAAUGUUUGCCAGAUACUGGAGGAGUGUCAUGGUUACGGGGAACUGGACUUGGAACAGAAGGCCCUGAAGAUCCUGACUGAAGGAGGGGAGAGAGUCACCAAGUCUCCAGGAUUUGUGGGGCUUUGCUCUGAGUGUGUGGGGAAGCUCCUCAAAUCGGACACGCUGAACCUGAAAGAGAAAGAUAUAUUUGAAGCAGUGCUGUCCUGGACAAAGGAAAGAUGCCGGAAGGAAGGUGUGAGUGACACGCCUGAGAACAGACGAAGACUCUUGGGUGACAUGAGGUAUGAGAUCCGGUUCACCAGCCUGUCCCUGGAGUAUCUAGUGAAGGUUGUGGGCCCAUCUGGAUUACUGACAGCGGAGGAGAGAGUUAGAAUUAUGGACAGAGCUUUUGAUUCUACUGUUGACAUUUCCCCAUUUGUAGGUUUAAAGCGGAAGCACAUACAGGAACCUGAUAUUUGUAAAUACGUCCAAAGAUUUGCAACUGUGUCACAUGUCAAAGAUGGUGUGGCAGGAAGCCAUUCUCUCUCUUUUUCAGUCAAUCACAGGAUUCAACUGAAAGGUUGUCAGCUGUAUGGUGGAUAUGAUGACCUGGAGGUUCCAGUGAGUAUUUCACUGUAUGACCAAGAUGAAUCAGAGAUAACUGAACUGGACACCGAGAUGGAGCUUCUCGGGCGUGGGCAGAUGACUGACAUCUUGUUCUCUGAGUCGGUACUACUGCAGCCAGGCACAACAUACAUUGUGUGUGUGGAAAUAGAUGUCCUUGCCACGGAGGAGGGGCCUUACUGGGGUCAGUGGGAGCAGGGAGGUUACAUUGGGUUAAAUGGAAAGCAGACUGUAACCACUGAUGGGGUUCAGUUCACGUUUUCAAACAGCCGAUAUUACAAUACAGAGACAACAGCUCUGAGAGGAAACAUACCUGGCUUCAUAUUCAGUAUCUAAACAUACACAUAGAAUGUUAGUGGGUGAUGGAACUGUGAAUACAUCUACCCAAAUAUACUAGCCACAUACAGAAACUGUGCAUUGUCAAAAUAUUAUCCCAGUUGAUAAGUACGAGAACAUUGUCAAAGGUACAUAUAAACUUUAAUGGAGGGAUCAUGAGACCAUAACAAG